AUGCGCCGCAACCCGAUAGCCUUCAAUUGGCGUCCCAGCCUCAGGACUCGCGGUCUUCCGCGUCAAUUCAACCCAACGAUCCGCACCGAGUCAACUCAAGUUUCCCGUAUAGACCGCAUCACAUCGAAGCUACCUCGACGGCUGCAGAAAUAUACCAGCGGUCUACGUAACGCACCGGUUUCGCAUAUCGUCUCUUUUCUUAUUCUACACGAAAUCACAGCUAUAGUGCCUGUUCUAGGACUGUUCGGGCUCUUUCAUUACACGAAUUAUGUGCCUGUCAACUACGUAACGGGCUAUUUUCACGGCCAUGUGGACGACGGUGUUGCUCGGUUCGAACGAUACUUCAAGCGCAAGGGCUGGUUUGGCUUUGGGCAGAACGAAGAGGGCGAAACAACAUCAAGCAUAUCUACGACACACCCCGACUCGAAAUCCGAAAACGCAAUCGAGCGCUGGCAUAGUGGAGAUGGGCGUUACAAGGUUCUAGUGGAGGUUGCUCUGGCAUAUGCGAUUACCAAGGCCUUACUGCCGUUCCGAAUUAUUGGAAGCGUCUGGGCUACGCCAUGGUUUGCCGGAGUGCUUAUGAGAGCCAAAGGGGUAUUCACACGAAAGUCUUAG